GAUUGAUACCAUAUUUUUCACCAUUCUCUCUCCUAUGUGUUUCCUUGUCUUCGACUUAGAUGCAUCUAUGUGUUCACAGUUCAUCUAUGUCUUCGACUUUUAAAAUUACUAUCUCUCUCGAAUCCCUUUUAUUAAUCUUCCUCUAUCAGAUCUUCUAUGCUUUUCUUUUAAUAUGUUUUUUUUUUCUUUCUAAUGGAUUUAAAAGUUUGACCAUUUCUGAUGAUGAAUGUUAAAUGUUAAAACUUUUCCAAUUUUCUUGUUGAGUUUUCUACAAAAUCAUGUUUCCCGUCCAUCGGAAUCUUAAAUUUCUUCUCCUUGCUAUUUACUUAUAAUUACUUCAUAUGAUUAAGAACAAAACACCCGAGUUUUAUGUGUAGCAAACAUAAUUAAAUUGGACCGAAGAUUAUGAAUCUUAUUUAAAAAACUAUAUAUCAUGUCGAUUGCUCAAUCGUACUUUGGCGAAGAAUGGGUAGUGUGUUAUGUUGAGAAAUACAAGUUCAACGGAAUGGAAGAGGUGGUGUUUGAUGGGGGAGAAGUCCAAACGAAGGUGGAAAAGGUAACUGUGGUGGGAUCUAGAGGAGAUGACGGUACGGAUGAAACUUUUUUAAGUCAACUGAGAAAAAAAUUCAGUAGAAUUAAUUAAUUAAUUUAUGAUAGAUAUGUCGUAAUUAUGAAAUCCAACGGUUAAAAAUGUCUGUGCACCGUGCUAAGACCUAUCUCACUCUUGCACGGUAGAAGGCUCCCAUCUUAUAGGAAUAUGCGAAAGACAAAAGAGUUACAAAAAGAGACGAAACUCGAUCAAUACUCUCACUUUUGUCUUUCUCCAUAGACACCAUCACCAUAUCUUAUAUAUCUAUAUCUCGCAUAUCACCACUCAAGCUUUCUAUCAUAAAUAAAAAAUCUUCAUCAUCUCUACUUCAAAAUUAGAAUACCAAAGGAGAAAACCCUAUCACUCUGUAUGUAUGUAUCUAGAAUCUAAAACGAACUAAAAAAGGGUGGAGAUUCUAAUACAAAAGAGAAACGGUCAAUUUUCAGAGCAAGAGCUCGGGGUUUUUAUUCAGAUAAUUCUACAAUAUAUCCUUCAUUUUUCAUUGCUUAGGUAAAGACUGUAACAUCAGCUCGUUAUUGGCUUUUGACGAGAAGAGCCUAGAAGUUGGGCCUUGGGAUAUGUUAAGAUUUUGUCUGGGUCGUCCAUUGAUCAAGUCCAAGGAAAAAGCUUAGAACAAUGGUCUUCUCUUUCUCGCAACCAACUGCUGCAAAUGCAAUGCACAUACCAGCAACAAUGAUUUCCACCAAAUUCCCACUUUCCCUCUUAAACAAAAAAACCUCUACUUUCUUCAUUAAACCCGCAAAGACUCUCUUCUCUUUCAGACCCAUCACCUUCCAAAGGCUCCCAGCAAAUCCACCAUCACCACCACCAUCAUCAUCAUCAUCAUCAUCAUCGUCUCCACCAUCCACUUCCCUUCAACCCAUCGAAGAACUCCCUCCAAAGCUUCAAGAAAUCAUAAACCUCUUCCAAUCCGUACAAGAACCCAAAGCCAAAUACGAACAGCUUCUCUUCUACGGCAAAAACCUCAAACCCCUCGAACCCCAAUUCAAAACUAAAGAAAACAAAGUCGAAGGUUGUGUUUCUCAGGUUUGGGUUCGAGCCUACUUGGACAGCGAUAAAAAUGUUGUCUAUGAAGCUGAUUCGGAUUCUGUUCUCACCAAAGGCCUAGCUGCUUUACUCGUUCAAAGCUUUUCAGGGCGACCUGUUAAUGAAAUUAUCCGGGUCACACCUGAUUUUGUAAUGCUUCUUGGGUUGCAACAGAGUUUAACCGCCUCUAGAAAUAAUGGGUUUUUGAAUAUGCUCAAAUUAAUGCAGAAAAAAGCCCUUUUGCUCUAUGUUGAAGCUGAAAAGGGUACUUCUGAAUCUAACUCAAUUGGAAAUUCUGAUUUCAAAGAUGAUAGCUAUGUUGAGAAUUCAAGUGGCCCUUCUGUGACCCCAAGUUUAAGUGUUGGUUUUAGUUCUGAGAUUGAUGAUGACAAUGUUGAUUUGGGAGGGAGAGGGAAGAGGAUAAAGGAAAAGCUUGAAAAAGAACUUCAUCCUAUUGAGUUGGAAGUUGAAGACGUGUCUUAUCAACAUGCUGGUCAUGCUGGUGUUAGAGGGAGCAACGGUGAGACACAUUUCAAUGUUAAAGUAGUUUCUGAAGAGUUUCAAGGGAAGAGUUUGGUUAAGAGGCAUAGGCUUAUUUAUAACUUGCUUCAAGAUGAGUUGGAGUCUGGACUUCAUGCUUUGUCUAUUGUGGCCAAGACGCCUUCUGAAGUCAGUAAAGGAUGAAAAAUUAAAUGCUGAGGAAGAGAGGUCAAAGUUUUCUCCUUUGUCUCAGUUAUCUUCGAGAAUAUACUUGUUUUGCUUAGUGAAUCAGAAGGGUAUUUAUAUUUGUUUGAUAACUUGUUUUGGUUUGAAUAUAAUGUCUUCUGUCAUUACACCGAUGAAAUAAUUCAUUUUUCUGAUGACAUUUUCAAUAA